CAACGUUCGGUUACAAGGUUUUGAGAAAGACCUGCAUCUGCAUGGGGAACAAUACGCCACAAUUUUGUCCGUCCUGUUUCUUGAUACAUUACAUAUUAUGCAAGUGCUAUGGAACAUGCUCCUGCAUUGGCUGGAGAGGCCUUGUGUCAUCAUUCCGUGUUGUAUGUUUACAAUAUCAGUAUUGUCAGGUUUGUCGACACUGACUGUCUCUCCCUUCUUCCCCGGAAUUGUAUUUCUUGUAUCUAAACGGUACAAGCGAGACGAGGUCGCCUUGAGACUAGCUCUUGUUUGUUGUGGAAGUUUCUUCAGCUCUGCAUUCUGAUCCCUGUUUGCACCUGCUGUACUCCGCAGCAUGCAGGACAAAUUAGGUCAAGCUGCAUGGAGAUGGUUAUUUUACAUUGAAGGCGGUAUCACAAUCUUGGUCGCGGUUUGCGCGAUGUCAUAUUUUCUGAUUUCCCGCACAACACCAGGUGGUUCACCCCAGAGGAAAGAGCAUUUGUUCUCUCUCCCCUUGUUGAAGAUGGCUAUGGUAAGGCUGAUG